AAUAUAUGAAUUCUUACAGUUAAACUUCUGCAGUACAUAAUAGUUCUACCAUUUAAUGUCAUUGUAGACAUGCUGAUGACCUGUUUACAUAAAGAAGCCUCAGUUUGUUGGACCAAACAAACUGUUCCAGUUACACACUAGGCAGUGUGCCAGUUAUCGCGCUUUUUUGACCUUUCCGGUCACCGUAUCCUGGACCCUCUCGUGACCGACGCUGACCAAUCACAGAUCUGAAAAGGAUGACAACAAAAACAAAUGCGUUAAAAGGAGCGGAGUGUUUAUUACAAGUGCAGUGUCUCAGCCACUAGCGUUCGAUUUUAUAUCAUAGGUUUAGAUUAUGAAAUUAAUUAUUUUAAUUCAGUCUUUGUUUUAGUCGGGGGAAACAAAUAGGGAACGCAGCAGCCUCGCGUGCAGACGGUCACAGUACGACCGUUAAUUCUGUGACGACACUAACGUUAGCUCGCGCUCUGACAGGACGCUGUGUUCUGAUGUCUCAGAGAAGUUCACAUCAGUGGUUUGUUUUUUAACGCUGGUUAGCAUUCUGUCGUCAGCUCGUAGCUAACUCUUUAGCUAGUAGUAGCUGUCCAGGUCCACCCGAACGCUGAUGGCGGCUCUAACAUGCUAGGACCAUGUUCAAAAAUGUGUUCGGCUCAGGGUUUCUGGUGAGAACAGCUCAUGUGAUUCUGACAUGGGUCAUUACGUUAAUACUCUUCCUGCAUGAUACAGAGCUGAGGAAGCAGGAGGAGACGGGCCAGCUCGUCCAGCCGGUGCUCUUCGUCCUGCUGGUGCUGGUGUCGGUGCUGCUCUAUUUCGCUGUUUCUCUGAUGGACCCGGGAUUCAUCUUGUCUGAUGACAGCGAUUUACAGUUCACGCUGGGAGUGACUGAGGAGCAGCAGGACAUGAUCCCACCCACCACCAAAUCCCUGCGACAGCGCCGCUGUGGCCACUGUCUGCUGCAGCAGCCAAUGAGAUCGAAGCACUGCCAGACGUGUCAGCACUGUGUGCGGCGGUACGACCACCAUUGCCCCUGGAUCGAGAACUGUGUUGGUGAGAGGAACCACCGCUGGUUUGUGCUGUACCUGGCUGUCCAGCUGCUGGUGCUGCUGUGGGGGCUGCACAUCGCCUGGACCGGUUUCAGCUACGCGCCCACCUGGCAGCUGUGGCUGCGCACCAACGGCGUGCUGCUGGCCGUGGCCGUGUUGGUGGCUCUGCUGUCUCUGAUUGUGCUCCUCCUGCUUGGCUCCCACCUCUACCUGGUCUCCCUCAACACCACCACCUGGGAGUUCAUGUCGCGCCACCGCAUCUCCUACCUCAAACACUGUGGCGCCGACGAGAACCCGUUUGACCGCGGCACCUUCCACAACCUCUGGGGUUUCUUCUGCGUGUGGGGCACGGUGGUCUGGGAGCAGGUGUACUUCAGGGAGGGCAGCGACCAGGUCUAGGAGCACAAGACGAAAAGACACUCGACCACAAUGUGAGGGGAUCAACUGUCCCUGUGUGUAGUUUACCUUCAUAUAGACUCUUGUGUUGUUGUGUGAUGACAUCACUUCCCUUCUUCCCUAGCGCUUCCUCUCAGUGGUUCAGUGCUGCUUGCUUGUGUUCUCAUGCUAUGUUGAUACGUUCCACAUUAUCCUGCAUCUCCUGCUGUCUGUCAGCAUGUCUGUCAGCAGAAUGAAACUAGCCCUGUGUUUCCUCAGAGAGAGAUUCCUGCUGCUACUCAACAGCUCUGCAGCCAUUUCUCCUCAUCCCAACUCUUGUUUACUGGGAAUCCUCCACAGUCUGCAGCACUUUACUGCUGUUAGUGAAGCUGUGUUUAUGCACCCACCUCCCACCUGCCCCUCGCUCCUGCUUCCACUGAGUCAUGUGUGUAGGAGUAGUUACAUAGUGAACCUGACUAAUGGACUGUUACUUUAUUCUGAAGUUUACGUGUCACAUACUGCAUCAUUUGUGUAAAACAUUUGUUUUAGGGGCAUGUGUAGAUGAUCCAGAUCUGUGGUCAGUUCUGGUCUCGCUCUGGACUCAGAUCAGAUAUUUUUUAAAUUUGUGGUUUUUGGUGUAGAGUUUUAUUCUGUUGUUGGUUCAUGUGAUAACUUGAUGUAGUUAUUUAUUCUGCGGUUUAACAGGGUCACUUUCUGUCAGACCAAGUGAAAGAAUCUUUUUUUAUUGUAGAUUUUUUUUUUGUAAAGCUCAGUUGAUUUGAAAUAUGAAGGUGUGAACACUGUACCGUUGUUUCUAGCAUUUAAUCCGACCAUGAUGUACAGGAGCAUUUCAAGCUAUUUUAUAUUAUAAAUCAUUUUUAAAAACUGUUUGAAACCAGAUUUUUGUAUCUGAGUGUUUUAAUAGAGAAACUGGAAGGUCUGAGUGCAAUACACCUGUGUUUUUCCUUGUGCAAUAGUAAGACAGCAAUAAAUGUGGUGUUGGAUUUAAUGUACAGCAGCAGGUCGAGUCAUUGUUAGUCAGAGCCCUGAUUUAUAUGAAUUAACAUUAAUUAACUUGUGUCAUGUACUUCUGAAUUAUAUGCAAUACUGUCAUCCAAUGUUUUUUACUACUUUGA